AUGACUUAUCGAUCGAGAGGGCGAUCCAUGGUGGAAGUGGUGUUGGCCGUUUGCUUUGUUGUAUUCCUAGUUGGCUUCAUCACAGUUCUUUGUAUUGGGAAUUACUUCCGAGCGAAACGAGCACAAGAAAGGCAACGACAGCGGCGACUGUCGAAAUUGGCAGGGGCCAGUGGUAACAAUUCCGUGGCGCCAGGUUCUGUAGCGACUGGAAUGUACACAAAUGAUGGGGGGAUGUCGUAUGAGGCGCCUCCGCAUGUCAUGGCCGGCGGUGUUCAAGCGUAA